AGCCGCCACCUCCUCUUCCUUGCCGAUACAGGUCUCUGCGGAGCCUGUUUAAAACUUGUCCUCUACUCGGCUGUUUCCUGAAAGUUGAGCAAAAUCGCAGCCACUGCUGCUACGGCCAUUUUCAGUUGGCACGAGAAUUUGCCCAACGAGCUGUGGCUUUUCAUUACUUCGACGGAUUCCUUGAUGGAGAACAUCAAAAGAGGGUUUGUAUCUUGGCUCUGCUGAACAGUGUCCGAGGCUUACAAACAGGUGUUCCAAAUCUGGAUCACGUUGCUGGAUUAUUCACCACACUUCCUUGGCAGCUAAAGAUCAUACCAGAAAAUGCAGGAAAUUGGCUAUUUUUCAAGACACCCCCACUACGCUACACAUCGAUGAGCUACACACCGACGAACUGUGGCAGUAAGCCGGCGCCCAUCUGGUGGAAAAAAAAUCCAUUCCUAAGUAUUGGUUUCGAGGGGUUUGAUCAUCCACCUGUUAAGUACACCCUGUUUCUGAUGAAUGGUGGUGAUGACCAUCACAGGCAGUUGGCUAAAGACUGGAGACUCCAUCUCUUCCAGUGCCAAGAACUCUCCCUUUACUGCCUCUCAACUGGUGGUAGCUUGAUCUUCGCUCAACCAGAACCAAAAUUGGUAAAGAAACAAAAUCCUGGUGAUGGUGAUACUUCUCCCACAGACAGAGACCCUAACCCUGUUUCAAAAAUUGCUUCUUCAAAACGCCACCGCAACCUGCCUUCUACUUCUAACUCUUCAUCUGUACCGCAAGUUCCUGUUGGUAACCCACAAGGCAGAGGCAGA